ACUUCAAAUGUCUGAAAAAUCAUAGAAUUCACAUCCCUAUCAGGAGCUUUCGUAUCUUAAUGGGAAUAAAUAAUUUUUAAGUUUUGAAAGAGCAUUGCCAAUUACAGAUUUUGUACAUUAAUUAGAAAGCAGAGAUUUUGAAAAAGAAUUUUCAUUUCUGAAACAAAUAACCUAAACUAGAGAACAUGAUCGACUUCUAUUUAGAAGCGCUUAGAUACAACAUUUGAAUAGAUAUGCUGAUAUUCUUCCUUGUAAAUUAGUUAAUUCAUUAAUAAAGAUGCUCAUUCAAUUGUAAAACCUUAAGUGGAUUCUGCUGAUAAUAGUUAUUACAUUAAUGCUAAUUAUAUUAGAGGGGGAAACAAUGAAGAAAGAAAAUAUAUUGCUACUCAGGGUCCUGUAAUUUAAUCAGUUCAAGAUUUUUGGCACAUGAUAUGGACGAAUAAUGUGGGUGUAAUAAUUAUGUUAUGCAAACUGUUUGACAGAUAACGAGUAUGCAGCAAGAUAUUAACUUUAGAUUUAAUGCGAAAAAUAUUGGCCAUCUGAUAAAGCAAUUUAUGGGCCUUAUUAAAUUGAUACUAUUUCAAGAUAAGAAUCAAAUAAGGAUCUAUUGGAAAGUAGUCUAAUUAUGAAAUCUAAAGAGAAGUAGCAUAAAGUAAGUCACUAUUAAUGGUGUGAUUGGCCAGAUUUUGGCAUUGUAAAGGAGGAUUCCUAUUAAGUUCUUGAUUGGCUGGCUGGAAUAGCGAAUGAAGCAGCACAAGAUAACAAAAUACCAGUAAUUCAUUGUAGUGCAGGAGUAGGACGAACAGGAACCUUUUUGGCUAUUUGUCAUAUAAAACAGUUACUCAUAAAAAAUGAUGCUUAAAUUUCAAUCUUUAGUAUAGUGAGGAGACUAAGAGAAUAAAGACCAUUAUUAGUGCAAUCAGUGUAAUAGUAUGAGAUGAUUUAUAAAUAUACAAUUUGGUUGUUGAGGAAUUUGAAAUACAUGUGA